AUGGUCCCAGACAUUCUCUUCUCCUCACCCACCGUCAUCAGCGGCGAAGAGUCGGCGACGCCGUUUGUCGCCGACGUGCUCGUCUCGAAUGGCCUCAUCGCGCAGGUCGGCGAGCCGGGAGGCAUAGACGCACCCUCGGCGAGGGUCAUUGAUGCCGAGGGGUUUGUUCUCUCGCCCGGGUUUAUCGACAUGCAUGCUCAUUCAGACUUGUACCUGCUUACGAACCCGGAGCACGAGGCCAAGAUCUCGCAGGGGUGCACUACAGAGGUGCUGGGCCAGGACGGCAUAUCCUACGCGCCCGUCCGCACCUCGAGCCAGCUCCAGGCCAUCCGCGAGCAAAUCGCCGGCUGGAACGGCAACCCGAGUGACGACGAGUGCGCCGCGCUGCACCGCGGAGUGGGCAUGUUCGAGUGGCGCACCGUGGGCGAGUACCUCGGGUGCCUGGAGAGGAACAAGACGGCGACCAACGUGGCCGUGCUGGUGCCGCAGGGCAACUUGCGGCUGCUGGCGUGCGGCCCCGACGACGGCGCGGCCACGCCCGACGACGGCGCGGCCACGCCCGACGAGAUCCGGGACCAGGUCCAGCUGCUGAGGGACGCCAUGGACCAGGGAGCCCUCGGCAGCGGCCUGACCUACACGCCCGGCAUGUAUGCGUCCAACUCGGAGCUGGCCGUGCUUUGCAAGGCCCUGGCAGACGAGUACCCGGGCGCCUUCUACGCGCCCCAUCACAGGAGCUAUGGUCGAGGGGCCAUGGACAGCUACGCGGAAAUGCUGGACCUCGGGAGCGAGACUGGCUGCCCUGUUCACUUGACCCACGCAACGCUCAAUUUCUCGGAGAACGAGGGCAGGGCGCCGCGUCUCCUGGCCAUGAUCGACGAGAAGCUCUCGCAGGGCGUCGACGUCACUCUCGACACGUACCCCUAUCUCGCUGGGUGCACGACGCUCGCGGCGCUGAUUCCCAGCUGGGCCUCGUCCGGGGGCCCGGCGGCGACGUUGAGGCGCUUGGAGGAUCCCGACGUGAGGGAGAGGAUUCGGGUCGCGGUCGAGGACACGGGGUGUGAUGGGGGACACGGGAUUCCCACCAGCUGGGAAGAGAUCCAGUUGGGAACGACAAACCACCCCUCGAUAGCAAGCUACUCGGGCCGCCGCGUAUCCGAGAUAGCCAGAAGCCUCGGGACGCAGCCGCACGAGAUAUUCUUCGAGGUCCUGGCCAAGGACCGCCUGGCGACGUCGUGCCUGAUGCACGUCGGCAACGAGCCCAACGUCCGCGCCAUGAUGCAGCACCGCGUGCACAUGGCGGGCAGCGAUGCCAUCCUGCACGGCAAAACGACGCACCCGCGUGCGUACGGCACCUUCACGCGCUACCUGGGCCACUACGUGCGCGAGCUGGGGCUGCUCUCGCUUCCGGACAUGGUGGCCCAUCUGACGAGCCGGCCAGCCAAGAGGUUGGGCGUCUAUCCGGCCAGGGGCGUCGUGAGGGUCGGCUCGGCGGCCGAUCUGGUCCUGUUUGACGCCGCCCGCGUCAGGGACAGGGCCACCUUCGACGAGCCCAAGUUGACGAGUGAGGGCGUGAGAUACGUGCUCGUGAAUGGGGUGGUCGUGCUGGACGAGGGCGAGAUGCGCGGCUUGAGAGCGGGCAAGACGCUGAGGAGACGCAGAGACGGGAGUGUGUCGUAG